AGGAGAUCGUGGAUUUCACAUCAAGCUCCAUAUAUUGCUGUAGAUACGUCUCUCUUCACCUCGACCUCCCUGGUGUACCUACUUGAGAGAGGAAGGAUCUCUGCUUUUGCCGUGUAUGUACGAUGAAUUCCCUUGCGGAUCAGGCAGCUCUUUCCUCAAUGCUCUAUCUGUUUGUUUGAUAGUCUUUUCCAAAUACCAACAAUAUUCUCAUUGGAUUCCAACUCUAGGACAAUAUCUCUCUAGUAAAAUUGCCUGCUGCAAGAGGAGCGGCCUAGCUAGAUAAAACUCCACUUCUGCGCACUCAAAUAAGGCCUCUAAGCACCAACAGAAAUAAUUGUCCCUGUAACUCCCGCUGUCGUUUUUGGUUGCAGUUUUUACACAAGUUUUUUUUUCUCUGAUCGUUUGCUUAUGUUUUACCUCUACUGUCGUGUGAGAUCGAUGUGGAACCGAUCAAAACUAGUUCUUCGUUUGAGAGAAGGUGCCAAGGUUGAUACGGCCAUUCGUGGCUCGUGCCACACUUGCAACGCUCAGAACGCUCAUAUGAUUUCGUUAUGUGGAUAAUUUUUUACACCCGUGGUUUUUCCAACGCAAAUAGUUUUGCAAGAUGAUGUCCUCGCAAAACAUUAGGUAUUACGCGACAAUGACAUAGCUUUUUAAGACGCCAAUCCCUUUGUUCCCACGGUAGAUUGGCUGACCUAUAGAAUAUUCGCACGAGACCCACCCACUAAGUUUCGACUUUUACACAGCAAUUCAUACAAAUCUCGCUUUAUUUGAUAUCUCCGCACCCCCAAGAAAGUGUGGUACCAUGCCGGGCAAAAAAGAAACGACGAAGGCGUCUGGCGCUAAGAAGCAGCAGACAGCAAUAAAACGCAAAACCCUGGUCGUGUCGAAGAAGAAUGGGAGAAGCAAAGCGCCCGAAGGAGCUGUUGCACCCGCAAUGAAGAAGACGACCAGUGCGGCUUCCGCUCUCUCUGCAAUGAAGCGGGCGAGUAGUGCUGCCCUUGUUGAGACAACUUCCAUCGCUAUGAAGAAGAUGCCUAGAAGAAGUAGUGCCUCGUCCGCGAGCGGGACCACUUCUGUCGCAAUGAAGAAGGCGAACAGCAGUUCCAUCGCUGGUGCGAAGGCGUGUUCCGCACGGGGAAAGGCCAGUGUAGUUACUCCAACCAGCGCAGCACAAUCGAGAAGUAGUAGUUCCAAGCGUGCUUCUUCAUCUUCGAGUUCCAAGCGAAGUGCCACCGCGAACAAAGGUGAAUCCGCAAGAACCAGUACAGUGUCUAAAAAGCAUGGUGGUGCACCAUCGGGGUCGUCCACCGGAGCAGUGUCCUCGUGCGCGACGGCGACAGAGGGCAAGAAUGGUACAGCUCUGCCCGGAGCGGGAGCAAGAUCCAGAACUGCUGCGCCGCCGACGCGCCACUCUGAAGAGACAAAGAAAAAGGACAGUCGCGCUCCAUCGCCGCCUGCGGUUAUAGAAAUAGGGAGCUCCGACUCUGAGGACGAUGCGAGCACGAGCGGCGGCUUCUCCGUCCUCCGCCAGCACCGUCUGUUGCUUGAGAAGCAAAAGGCGCCGCCUCCAACCCACCUCUCCCCGAAAGAAUUGCGGAAGCGUUUUCCCUUGAAUUUAAACUACAAACCCCCGACUCUUGCCACAGGAGUCAAGCCCGGCGUCAGGAUCGUGGACUCGAAUGGACUACCCUUGGAGGUGUCUCCAUCGGGGUCACCUGCUACUGCGGCGGAACCGAAACCUGCGCCUUCGCUGAACCAAGAGGUGGGCAAAAAACCGUGUAAAUCUGCGGAGAAACGGCCGCUGAAAAAGCGAAGCCGCCCGUGGACCCCGGAUUCCGGGAGCGAGAGCGACGGAGAGGAGGCACCAAAGUCGCGGCGUCAAACAGCAUCGACAAAUAAAAUUACCAUCACGGCGAAGAAGAUGAAGAAGCUAUUAACGGAGAACCACAGCAAAGAACAAAUAGAACAACCACCACGCGCGACGCAUACUACGUCUGCUUCUAAGGGACGAAAAAAGGACCAGCAACGUGGUCCCAGCACGACGUCGAGCUCCAGCACCGCGAGCGGUAACACACCCGGGACGUCGUUGAAGCGGUCUUCGAGCAGCAGUGGUUGUGGGGACGAUUUUCCAUCCGAUAAGGCCGGCGCGGCUAAAAAGUUCUUGUUGUUGGCCGAGAAAAAUCCGGACGAAGCGGCCAAGUUCUUGGCGGAGAAUCAUGCGUCCAUCGUACUGGCGGCGUCCAAGCUGCUGGUUGUUGCAGACAACGGAGUAGAUGAAAAGCCUGGAGGUGGUGCACCUGCCUCCUGUCCGACGAAAGAAGUAGGCAAUGAUAUUAGUUGUACCACAACGAUGAAGAGUUGUACCACGAAGAUGUUGUCCGUGAUCCCCGGUCGUUCCGCCAAGGAUGAAAUAAAUGGUGUCGACACAACUGUUCCCAUGCUCGAGUGGUACCCCGGGAACCCACGGCCCCCAAAGCGGAAGGUAUUGCACUCAUAAUUUGGAUGUUGGUGCUGGGUAUGAUGUUGAUCUGCAGCUAGUAGAGCGACUUUGUCUACUAGGUUUGUUGUUCGCUUUCGUCUAUAAUGAUAAGGUGCAGUACAACUUUUUGAGAUGAUCAUUGUGACAGCGACAGAUGGACGUGAAAAUAAGGAGAACUUGUUUAAAUUGUGAAGAUGUCGUGUCCACCUGUGAUCGCGUACUUCUACGAAACAGCACUACAAUUCCUGUAACAACUAUGACUGUACAUGCAGCUCAUGAUCUUCAUCGUCUUGCGCUCACCGGUGGACACAAAAAUGAACUUGGCAUCCUCGUCCGAUGAUCAAGAAAAAAUACAGGUCGCUAAGAACGUCGCCCCACCUCCCCCGCAGCCCUUUGAAGUCCCGCGUCUCUGCGUUCGCGAUGUGCCGAAGGUCCGGUCCAAUAGCCGACCCACCGACGGUUCCCUGGUCCAGUUCGACCAACCCGGACUUUCCGACCAGCAGACCCGAAUCCGGUUGGAAAGCGAGGUGAAGGCGUUGGGGCGGGCAAUCAGCCAGAAGGUGUUCCAGCGGGGCCACCUGUGCCCGAGGGACCGGCCGGCGACCUACGAGAAGCCGACGGUCGUGCAGUGGAAGAUCGGGGAGCACAAGCAAACGCUGGGGCACUACUACGGGUCUUCGACGCACGUGGAAACCAGCGUGCGCAUCGUGUUCACGGGCGAGCGCGCGGGCGCCCGGGAGCGGCGAGAGCACGCGCGGUUGUUUGGGCCGGCGCCGCGAGGUGGGCGGAGGAAAAAACGGGAGAACGGGGAGGACUGCGGCAUCACCGCCGACCUCAUCGCGGACCGCAGCUUGACCUCCUCCCAAAAGUUGUCCGGAGACCGCGAGUGCGCAGCGGUGGUCUUGGGCGGAGUCCUGGAUUCCGACUGGAUUCUCACGCAGGUGAGCCGGCAAUUGGGGGACCUCAAGAACAAACGGGCGGAAAAUGGUGCCGGCGGAAACAACCCCACCAUCCAGUCGACAUCCUCCGGCGCAGCAGAGGUAGUAUCUUCUUCUGGCGAGGAGUACGCACGACACUUGCACGUUUCGGGCACGAUUCUUGCGCUGCAAUACGACAGAAAUUUGGAGCACUCUGUGUACCCCAUUUGCAUCACGCAGUACAGCAACAACUCGGGACCGCGACAUCAAGCGAAGAACGAGCCAAGUCCGAACGCGCGGCACGUCGAGAGCUCCUGCAACCUUGGUCUGCUCCUGCCACAAGCGUCGAAAACAACCGGUAGUCCACCGGGAGCAGGUCACUACUACUCCGCUGUGCAUUGGGCAAUCCCGUCGGCUACGCCUCCAGGUUCUUUGUCUUUCCCCCUGGCAUCUUCUGCUACGCAGAUAAGUUCGAUGAAACAGUACGUCGCAGGGCUCGUUGAGAUGAACAAAGGACCCGAUACUCGUCCGACGCUCUUGAGGGAUCGACCGCUGCUGCCUCUACCUGUGUUUCUACAAGCGGAAGUUGGCACGGGGCAAAUGGUCUUUACCAGAAAGAGCAAAAGCGCAUCAUCUUUAUUUACCGACACGGCGGGCACCAGCGAAAAUCAAAAUGUUGACGUCGAUGAAGAACAAACCACUUUGUAUCCGGCCGAGCUUGACCUCGAUGAGGGUUUUCGCGACCACCCGUUGAAAAGUUGGUUUGAGCAAGACUUCUUGCUUGGAAACAAACUCGGCGAGAAAGUUCGCGUUCGCUCCGAGGUGGAUGAAUACUUAGUGCAAAAGAAUCUUGGCAGUGGAGGUCGCAGUGCGCCGUCUCCGGUUCAGGUCACAGUUAUGCCGUCGUACGCCUGCAGCGUGGCAGGAAACGGCGCUCCUGUGUUGAUCUUGCCGUACCCCAAGGCCUCGGUCGCGGAGCUCUCUCGUGCGCAGCGCCGCCGCACGCUCCGAUCGUUGUGGACGGAAAUGGAGGGUCUGAAACUGAAGCAGCACGUGUCUUGGAUCGGCGUGCGCGACUGGCCGCUCGAGGAGUUGCAGGCCCUCGUGUGCCCCGGCUCGAUGGUUCCAUCGCAGGAGGAUGAACCAUCAAGAAGUAGCUAUCGCCCGCAAAAAAUGCCACAGAACAUCGACCUAGGUCUGGACGAGAUGAAAUGCGCACUUUUUCAUCCUGCAUAGUGUGAAUCAGACAACACCGAGUCCUCGUGCAGAAUAAUUGUACAGUGUGUUCGGUAGAACAAAUGUAUACCGCAGCUCUUUUGCGGAGGACUCUGCAUGAGACAUUAGGUAUCCUCCGCUCAAAAUCUCACAAGAGAGGAGCAGCCUUCUGCUGUACUGAAAUUUUUCAUAUACAGAUUGUUCCUAUCAAUUUCAAUUCACGGUCAGCAUUGCAAGUUUAUUGCCCCCUUGUCCCAAACGUCGUCGAUCAUGUUCAUGACAUAUGUUUGCAAUGCAUACAAGCUCGUCCGUCGAUGACGACGCGGACGAGGAUGAUCCGUUAGACACUGCGGGGUGUACCAUCCGGCCGAUGAUCGCGCAAUUUUUGCACCUCCCCGUCAAGGGCUGCCGCAACGACGAGUUGCUGGAGUUCUGUUUGGAAAACGGUAUUUUUCCCCAGGCAGUCGGAAUGGAGUUCGGGGGCUCGUCUCAACGACCUGACCACCGCGUGUCCGUUCUGGAAACGCAGGAGGUGGUAGACCAGGACAACCUGCAGCGAAAAGGCGUGUGGAAGAUCGCGGAUUUCACAAACUCUGCCGUGUCCGCGGUUGCGUUCGCGGUCGGCAAAUCGGUGUACCAGGUUCUGCUGCGCUGGCACCUGCAGUCGGGCUGCCUGUCCUGCCCCGCGGUGGAAGAUGAAGCGGUGGCGGCUGAGUGCCAAGACAUCUUCGAGUGGUCGCUGACAGAGGAGCACAUGGACACCCUAUCAAAAUGAAAAAAGCCCCCGCCCCAUAUCAAAUGGGAGACCUGUGAUGCAGGAUAUGCGUACACAGAUGCGCGCUGUCUUGCAAUGCGGCAUGGCAGACAGAUCCGCAGCCUAGGGGGGGCGUUUGGGUCUACCUCUACUUACUUGCUUGCUUAGCAUUACAAAUGGCUGCCCUCUAAGCCUAACAGCAUGCCAAAUCGCUUCCAUAAUGGCGCGGAAGCCUCUGCAUUUGUCUCCUUGCAAGACAGACGUGUUAUGUGGUCUCAAAUUAGCAAGACAAAUUUAUGGAAGCAUGCCUUUUCGAUAUGGGGCGGGGGGAUUUUUCCUCUCAAUACACCCUGGAUAGUUCCGUGAACGAAGCCCGCUUGUUCAAGGACCACGGCGAGGGUGUCUAAAACGUCGCAAUGUUGAUUGAGCCAUGGUGUGAAGUGAACUCGUUUUUGAAUGAUAAAUGACAUACUGUUGGUUCGCCUUCGAGCCGUUGUUAAGUCCUGCAUAGCACCUGUACUACUGAAAGAACCGUGCGUAUUGAUUUUCAUGCUCUACCCACCUAAAAACCCUAUUUUUUUGAUUUUGAUUUACUUGAGAUAAAAGCUGUUGCUUCACAUUAUAUUCUACAAACAAGCAGGACGACGACCACAUUCAUCAGGGUUGAUAAGGCUUUCUAGUGAAAACCCGAAACUAUUUUUAGUGUCGCCAUGGAUAAAUUUCAUGACGACCGCCAUGCAUUACAAAAUGGAUUCGCGGUUCACGAACCUUACUUCGCGAUCCAAUGAUAUUCGCACGAGUGCGCAAAAACUGUAUGAUGUUUAUGAAACUGGUUCGCAUUUUCGUCCUUACACUUUGGGAACUAGUAAAAAGGACCUCCACACCGAUGCCCAAAAAAUUUGCGAUCUUUUUCGUUUUACACCUUCUGCUCGACUGAUCAAGAAGCCAUGGUCGCUGUGUUGCUGCGGCGCCGGAGUAAAGGAACGACAUUUGGGUCGCUCGCAAAGCAACCUGUGC